ACCAGUCUGUGGAUGCUCUCGGGAGGAUGACGACGUUACCCCAUCGCAGGAUGCGCCGCCGCCGCUGCUGCCCAACCGGGAUUUGCCAACUUCUCCUCGUCUGAACAGCGCUGGGGACCUAUCUAAACACACACACACACACACACACACACACACGUAUAUAGGAAAAGAUGGAAUUUUUGACCUGGGUUUUGCCUUCCUUACUCCUGCUCUGCACCCAACAGCACACCUGCACCAGGUAAGAGGAGCAAGCGCACCGUGGCAAGCGACUCCCUUCUCUAGUUAGAAUGGGGUUUGUUGCUUUAUUAUUUUAAAAAAUAGGUAUCUAAAGGCAGCGAUCCCAGCUGGGAGGAUGUUUGACUGAGCGCAGGGAAACUUCUCUGACGAAGGCUUUGGGCUGCAAGCCCCAGGCGCGCUUAACUCAAGAGGAAGGCGGCUGGAGCAGAGCGGGACUCACUCCCGAGGUAGGGUUGCCUAGUGGUUAGGCUGCACGCCUGCCAUCCUAAGCGCCCUGGAGGCGCGAUCCUGUGCGCGUCAGCCCGGAAGCCGAGCGUUGCAGAGGUCAGCGGAUGGGUCUGAAGGAUCUCCCAGCUUUACAGGGCAAAGUGGGGCUUGCUUCUGAGGACCCUAGUGCUGAGUAUUAGGAGGCGGGUGGCGGGGGGGUUGUUUCUUUUAAUGCAAGAUCCAGCAAAAUUGCAACUCAUCCUGGGACAGGGAUGCGGAGCAGCUGUGGCCCUACGGGUGUUUGCUGGACCCUGCCGGCCAGCAGCCAGCGUGACCAACAGUCAGCGGUGACCAACAUGGGCAGGGGGCAAUGGCCUCCCCAUCCUCGUCCUAGGGUGACCAAGAGAAAGGGCUGGACCACCGGCCUUCUUAGCUCUUAAAUAGUUGUGUAAGGAGAGGGGGAUCCUCUCCCCCGCAUGCCUCCAGCCCCUGCGCUGAAAAUGUCUUUUUUUCGGCGCAACUCUUAAAAAGUACAGGAGUUCCUUCUUCCUUUACUUCCGACCGUCGCUGGGCCUAUCCCAAAGUAAUCAUGGGGGACCGAGGAUUCGAGUUAAUGUUAGCUCAGGAAUCUCUCUUCCCCCUGCCUUGUGCCAGAGAGCUUUCCUAUUACAGGCUGCCUCUGGGGUAUGUGCAGAGUGUUUAUGAGAUUUCGACGAGCUCCUGCACCAUGCGAGCUGGGAAAGGAAAGUACACGGCGUACAACUCUCUCCCCCGACCCCCGUUAACAAAGGCUCUCAGCCCAUCCUAUGUAAGUUCAGUAGGAAAGUCGCACUGGGGUUAAAAUGGGGGUUCCCUCCCAGUUGGAGGGGCUGGUUGGCUUGCAUCACCCUGCCCUAGGGUGCGCUUGGCUGGGGGUAUUAUUUCCCCGUUUGCAAGAAAGCAUUGCGCGCAGAAGUGAACUGUACGUCUGAAGUGUGCGCAAUAAAGGACGGUAAUAACGCACCCGGAGAUAAACACAGAUUGAUGUACGUACACACCCCUCAUCCCUUUUACCAACGAGGAUGAGAACGAGGGGCUUGAAGAAGAAAAAGAGAGAGGGGGGGAGGGAGGGAGGGAGAGAGAGAGACCAGACUUUGCUGAGAGUUCCCCCGCACUGGGAGGCGAGAUUCGCACUCGGGAAUCGCCGCUGCAGAUCUGUCUGCAAGGCUUUGGAGUUUUGCCCUCAAACGGAUGCCCCUCUUGGGUCUUCCCAAGGGCGGCGGAUGAAGGUUGCACUGAUCACUUGGCAGGGGAGAGGAGGAGGAGGUUUUCUGCAGUAGAAGAGAGAAUCAUCAAAAUAUGCCCUACUUGUUAGACAGGAGGGAACCGGGGAUCUCCCUAGAGAGUUCAUCCAAGGGGUUGGGUAUCACUUUAAGGAGCUAUGGACCAGAGCUUAAAAUAUAUAUUCAUUUUCUUCCUAAAUGUGGGUUGUGCCCUACUGAGAGUAGGCUCAGUGGGUUGUAUGCAACUUUACUCCUGCUCAGGGUAGACCCUUUGGAAUGGCUAGACAUAACUUUGUCCCAUUCAUUUCAGUGUGUCUACUCUGAGUAGGACUUAGUUGAAUCCAAACCUUUGCUGAAAGCCCCCCCCCCCGCUCCCCCUUUCUGUUUCUCCAUAGCUAUCUGAAGUUGAGGUAGGAAACACUCAGUGCAUGCUCAAAGACAGCCAGAGGUGAUCAGAUCACAUAGAUAGACGGUCUCCCUUCCUCUGCCCUUUUCAAAAGGUGCAGUCCUAUAUGCAGUAUUUCACUCUGAGUAAGUCUGGGGCUUGCUUCUGAGUAAACCUGUGCCAGACGGGACAAGGGAAGCAGUGUUACAUUUACACUUCUAAUAAUAAACUAAUGGUCCAUAUAGCAAUUAUUAUAGUCACAUUCAGUUGUGUCCUAUAUUAGUGCCACUUGGAGCUGAUCCACUUAGGUCAAUUAAUUUCUAUGGAUCCCAUCCUCAUUUACAUUUGACUACCCUGGGGAGGUGGGGGUGUUCUAGCAAAUGUUUUUGCAAACUUAACUCCCUGGACCCUGGAGGCUGGGAUAUGUUUUGAUGUAAACAUGAUAAUAGCAAUGGGGUUAAUACUAUUCUGUGGCGGGGGGUGGUGGCUUUUUAGAUUGUAAUGUGUAUUACUUUGAAAAGUGCUAAGCCAGAUGUGUUUGGGGCUCUCAAAGUCUUCCUUCUGAGAGGAGGCCCUGGACUCUGCUCAAAAGUCCUUCCCUGGUGGUGCCAACUGCUGAUUACAAUUCUGUAGUGAAAUCUGUCUACUAUACAGGACUUGGGAUCUAUAACCCAAUGGUGCACUUGGGGACCCAUUUCUUAAUUUUUAAAAAUUGGUAGUAUGUUGGUGGUACUGCUUUUGCAACCCACCUUAGGUCAGGCUGCGAUCUGGUAGUGGGUCCUAACCCACCAAUUCGAAACCAGUCCUUUAGACAACUAGAACAUCCAGCUAGGUGCAAGUUCCUUAAACAGGUUGUGCAUUUUUAAAUCUGAAAGCAGGGUAUGUAUAUGCGAUCAGUUGGAUGCGUGUGGCAGUUGAGACUCUUGCUUGACCUCUGGGACAGGUUAUGAUGAGGAAGGCCAAAAGGUGUCGAGAAACAAAAUGGACCCAUUUAUGGUGUGUCUGUCCAUUAACUGCAGGCAGGUGUGCACAUGAGCACACUUGAUAGGUGAAAAUCUCUCUUGUCUGCAAUUGGAGGUGGCAUUUCUUCGGAUGCUGUUAACUAGGCAACAGCCAUGGAGCUUUUCUGGAUGUGGAUAUGGUAGGAGAAAGCAAUUUGAUAAUGCAGUGGAAACUGAGAUGGGGAGGGGGGUGUCAGCUCAUAAUGCAGUGGAAGAUUCUUGUGGGGUGUUAUUAUAUUACUAAUCUACACCUAGGUCAAUCUUGGUAUUUCAGGGCUGACAAGAUGGGCAGGGAAGAGUCCCCCGUGAUAUUUGUAAUAUUUUCCUUCUUUGUUUUGUUUUAUUUUUUGCAAGGAGGGAAUGUUGUUCUAAAAGGAGCAUCAGAAAUAAAAACAAGGAAGAGUUUUAUUGAUUCAGCAUGUUUUGGAUCCUUUUGAGCCAUCUUCAUGGAAAUUCAGAGAACAGUGGUUCAAAAUUCAGAUAAUAAUAACAGUGAUGGUCACCGACUUAGAUGGCUUCUGGUUCGUCUUGGGGGUCCCUAUCUGAAAAUCUGUUUUCCCAAGUAAUUUUUUGUUUUGUUUUGUUGACUGAAGCAGGAGAAGAACAGAAAUGCAAAUUGCUCUGGCUGCACAGAUUUAAACCAGCCUAUCAAGGUCAAAGUUGACAAACCCCAAAAGACAGCACAGAAUGGCAGGCAUAUAUGCAAAUACUUGACAUGGCAGCAGGAGAUUUGGGAGAAGGAUCAAGAAAAUGGGUUGACUCCAACAAGGUUCUACUCACAGGAGUCCUAUUUAAAUUAACAGAACACUGUUAGUCAUGUCCAUUAACUUCAAUGGAUCUCCUCUAGGUAGGAUUGGCACUGGAUACAACUCAACAAGAUUAAAUACUGUCCACAUUGUAUGAUGAUAAAUUGUAUUCAAGUCAUGUGUUGUUGUCCAUCCCCCCCCCAUUUAAUAUUAAAUAAAAAUAAAGGUCAGGCUUAGCCAACAGCCAUCUUGCACAAGAGGGUAUUGAGUUUUCUCUCUCUGCCCCCACCUCACAGCACAAGUUAUGAACUGCUGGUUUAGGAUGCCGGAGUGGAUUACACUGGUAACACAAUCACCCUCGCACAGGCGAGAAAGCUUUCAUUUUUCAAAAAAGAGGGAUGCACAGAGAGUGACGAAAUGCACAGCUAACCCAGUGCUUUUUAAUAGCUAGUGUUGAAGGGGGAAUUUUAGUGAGAACCACUUCCCCCAGCCCACCACUGCGUGACAAGCUGCAGGAGCCAAGUUAGGAUUUAGCAGUGCAAUCCUCUCUGUCUGUACAUCAUUUAGGAGCAUUUAGAAGUCCUGCUGAGUUCAAAGAGACUUACUCUUAGUGUAAGAUUGAAGUCUUUAGAUUUGGGAUUUUGAUUCCUGUUAACAAGGAGAAAACUUUAGGAUGCUUUUAUUAACCACAGUUAAAUGCUACAGGGCUUUCCAAAGGGCGGAACAUCUCUCCCCUCAAAGCUUUAAGGGUUGUGUGUAUCCAACUAAGUCCUACUCGGAGAAGACCCAGUGAAGCUAAUAGACCUGUUAGUUAUGUCUGUUAGGAGUAGCACUGGAUGUCACCCUAAGCAGUUUGCAAAGCAGAAACCCUAAAAUCACAAGGCUGGACUACAAAUUGAGAUUCCUGCAUUUCAGGGUGUUGGACUAGAUGGCCAUUGUGGUCCCUUCCAACAUUUCUAUGAUUCUAUAAAUCAAAUGAAAACACAUACUGGGUUGUAGCCAAUUCUAGUCUUACUCAAGGCAGACCCACUGAAGUUGAUAGACAUGACUAACUUGGGUCCAUUAAUAUGAAUGGGUCUACUCUGAGUAGGGCUUAGAUAACCCACUGCCAGCAAAAAAAAAAAAAAAAAUCCAGUAUCAAACUGCUAAAGCAGAAUACUGAACUGUCCAAUCUAAAAAUUAACAGUCCUGAAAUGCCUGAACAAACUGUACCCAGGCAGGCAUUGCCAGCCCAAUUGUUCCAGAGGACAGGCUCUCAAAAAGCAAUUUAAAAGUUCUAGUCAAUAUUCUUUGGUUAUAUUAAAUAAGUGCUGCUCUGGGAAGAUCAUGAAAUGACCAUUCGUCUUUUGACAGCAGUUCAUACUGUAGGAGGAUAUGUCAGGCAUGGAAAAAGCCGUACUUUCCCAAAGUCUGGCUGCUUAACUCUGGCGUGCUCUGGUCCAUGGGGUCAUGAAGAGUCGGACACGACUAAACGACUAAACAACAUACAGGCCAAACAAGCAGGGAAGGGAAGGGAAGGGAGACGAUGGGAUGAUAACGCCAUAAAACAAGUAGAGUUUUAAGUUAUUGGAAUUCAAGAAUGCAGUGGAUAUAUAUUAUUGUGGGAGAGAUAAACAUUGUGAAUUUGGAGGUUUAUUUUGUAGUGGGAACACCUUCUGAUCUGAUUGAUUUGUUGAGCUUAAUCAGUGCAUCAAACAGAAGGAUUUCGUUUAAUUACAUAUGAGCAAUGAUAUCGUUUAUGACAUAUUACUUGAAAUUAACAAUAGGUUGUAUCUGGUGCUAGUUAUGUUAUAUUUAGAGCAGAACUAGUGAAGUUAACAGAUAUGUCUAAUUUGGGUCCAUUGAUUUCAGUGGGCCCAUUCUGAACAGGACUCAAUUAAAUUCAAGCCUAAGUAUCAAUUAUUGGUAUCUCAUUUAUAGAAUCAUAGAAUCGUGGAGUUGGAAGGGACCCAAGGGCCAUCUAGUCCAACCCCUUGCAAUGCAGGAAUCUUUUGCCCAAAGUGAGGCUCAAACCCAUGACCCUACGCUUAACAGUCUCAUGCUCUAGCGACUGAGCUAGCCCAACAAUUAUGUACGUAUUCAAAAUAAAUUCAUGGCAAAAUAAAAUGUUAUUGUAAACCUAAAGCACAGGUUGGGGCCAAGAACUUCAUGCCAGGAGCCAAAUGUAGCCCCCCAGGCCUCUCCCUCUGGUCCUUGGUAUUCUCCCUAGGCCAUAGCCCUCACUGACCUGCCUUCACACACUCCUUGACUAUAUUUGCCGGGCCGGGACUCAGAUAAUGCUUCUUGCUUGCCUAGAUGGAAGGCAGAAAUGUGUGAGCACGUGCAGAGAGAAGCCGAUGGUGCAAAAGGAGCAUUUAAUCUGUUGCCCUACCCCCCUUUGCCCGUGACCCCGCCCACCACUGGCAUAUGGCCCUCAGAACGUUUCUCAAAAAGCUAGGUAAGCUGGAAAGCUUUUCCUUCCCCAGCCGCACCUAAAGCUGUGCAUAGCCCAGUACUUUCAUCACUUUUGCCUCCCCUCUGAAUCAGCUCAGGAACUUCACUCAUCUCCUGAGACCCUUCCUGUGGGUGGAAAUUCAGUUGCUGGGGGCAAGUGGGGACUUAUUCAUUGUGGAAUGCUCUCCUCACUGAGAUCCACCUGGUGUCUUCACUGACCUCUUUUUGCUUUCAGGUAGAAGCAGCAGUUUUCAAUGGACUGCAGUGAUGGUGUUUGCGGUCUGUUAUGCUGCUGAAGCAUUUAGGAGGAUGGGGACACUUUUCAUACCAAGAUCACCUCUGCACCAGGGUUGGGUGAAUCUGUCAAUAUCUCUCAGUUUCUCAUUCUUCCCAUCUUAUUUUCCACAUUUCUGCAUUUUAAAAAAUCAUGAAAACUCCUUACCCAUUUUAGUGUAAUCUUGUCCUAAUAACCACAUUUUUGUAUGCAGUUAUGAUUUACUCAUUUUUACAAGCAAUCUCUCCAUCAAUGCAUUGGACAUUACUGUCAUUAAAUUUUUGCUUUAACGUUGUAUGUAUUUUUGGAAAUAUUGUUUGUGCAUACGCAAAAUUCAGAGAAGUGUGAAUUUCAACAAGCAUAUUUCAGUUCAUGUAUUCGUUUUAGAAAUGUGAAUUACCGUAGUUAGUUUCUAACUGGAAUGCAAAUGAAAGCAAAUUUGUCGUCUCCCCCCCCCAUCCCUCUGGGGUUCUAGUAAACCACCUAUACUCUGCUCUUGUGUGAAUUAAAACAAUAGUGACUUUCUCCUGGGAGAUCAGGAUGAUAAGUAAAAUAUAGACCCAUUCCCAUAUAUUAGUUUCAGACGUCUCUCAUUAAAAUGCAAACAAAAUUGAGUUUCUCCUCCACUCCUAAUCUGUGCUAUUAUGCAUUCCUGAAGACCCACUUUUGUUAGACGCCAAGAGAGUGUUUGUGUUGUUUCGCUUCAAGACAGUCUCGAACAAAACACACUCUGUCCCACUAUGUGUUACCAACAGCAGUUGCAAAAAUGUGCGAAGCAGCAAACAGUGCGGUGCAUGGUGUGCUUUUUCAGUGCUCUCCUCGUGUCUGCAUUUGCCAACAUGUGCACUUGAGAUGCUUUGCAUCCAACCGUCCACCCACUCACCUUCCUUAAGCUUCUGGAGACCCAGGGGGAGGGAACUGAACCUCAAAGAGCGGCAACGCUAGCAAAUUGCACAAAUUAAAUUUUUGGAACAAUCUCCCAAGUGGGGAAAAAAAUAUCAAGGACAGUGGUCUGUUGGGGACAGGUGUGGGAAAGAAGGGACACCCAGAAUAAAGUCUGCUUUUUUAACAGCAGUCUUAUCUGCAGCCAUGAGAAAUUUAGGAAGUCAUCUUAUACUAGGGUAGGCUAUUGGUCCAUCUAGCCCAGUAUUCCUUUAUUUAUUGAAUUUAUAAUCCACUAUUCAUCCUGAAGGAGCCCAGAGCAACAAACCAAUCCACAAUCUAAAAACAAAAAAAACAUUAUAAAGCAGUUAAAGCAUUCUGUAAGCAAUUAGAGUGAAAGAACCUUCUAAGAGCACUUACAGUUUAAAACAUUACUCCAUCCAGUGAUCUCGAGGUUGCCAAGAACAGUAUCCUUCAACCACAAAUGCCUGGGUAAAAAGGAAUGUUUUCACAUUCCUCCUGAAUGUUAAUAAUGGUGGAGACAGGUGCACCUCAUUAGGGAGGGCAUUCCACAAACAGAGAGCCACCACUGAAAAGACCUUGCUAUGGGUAACUGCCAUGGGCAGCACCUGGCUGCAGCACCACCAGCAAGGCCUCAGCUGCCAAUCAUUACAUCCAAGAUGAUUGAUACUGUCUACUCUUGACUAGCAGUUUUUCUCCAGAAUUCAGGCAGAGAUCUCUGCUCCCCUCUGCUCCCUGUUUUAUUUGUUUUAACUGGAGAUGGUUUGCUCCUGGGGUCUUCUUUGUGCAAAUCAUGUUCUUUAUCAUGAGAUAGAGCCCAUGUUCAGUUCUCAGAACAAACGUCAAUCUGGGGAGGGGGGGACAUUUCAGCAGUAAACUGGGUUUUCCCAGGAAAGGUGGUGAGGAACCCCCCCCCCAAAAAAAACCCAUGCUCAGACCUGUGCCUACAAAUCAUGGACCUGUGCGGGUGAGCCCUUAAAGGCAAAUAUACCUAAUUUACAAUUUCUGAAACAAUACACAAACCAAAAUAGCCAUCCUUUGAAUCUCACACUUCUCCUAAUUUUGCAAUGCCUCUCCACAGUCUUGUAAUGUGCAGAAAAAUGUUGUACUAGGGUAAAGAGUGCAAAAAAUGCAUAUACCAAUGAAAGUACAUUAUACUAGGGGAAACUGCAUUGCAAAAAUGUGCAAUUAGGCAAAAUUGCAGACAAACGUGCACAUUUCAUUCUGAAAUGCUGAUGUAUGAGAAUAUAUAUCUAUUUAUCCCAAAAUGACGUGGAAAUGUGGAGGACAUGAAGACUGGGGAGAAACUGACAAAAUUGAAACUGACAGAUUUCCUGGGUGGAUUGAACUUUUGUGGACUAGAGUCAGUGUCCUCAAGUGCAAACUCGUCUCGGGCAUCUGGAAAAAGCUGGUGUGCCGUAAGAAAUUUGUUAGUCCUUCAGGUGGUAGGACAGGCCAGUUUUUUGAUUUGGCAAGCUUAUUCAUGCCAAAUCUUCUUCCAAGCGGGAAUUGCUUUUCCUCUUUUAAUAGUACAGGAACACCAUAACAUUAUGGUUUACAUCGCAAAAAGAAAAAAAGAAAAUAAAUCCAAUUAAAACUUUAAGCUUAUGCUUUCCUUUUUAAUGCUGUCUUAAAAGCCAGCUACCCAGCUGAGCUAUGUAGAAAACGCAGCUUCAGUGUCCUAUACAAAUGCAGUCAAACUGCAUUUAUAGAAUCCUUCACAGAAACCACAUUUUCUGCAGUUUGUCAGAUGUAAGCACUGUAGCCUGUAGAAUCUGGGGAAAGAUCUUUCAAACUUGGGCAUUGUCCAGCUGAAAGCUAAUAAACAAAAGGUGGCUUUGGAAAGCCACCUGCAGGGCAGAACUUCUGCUUAUUCAACUGUUCUGUUGUUUCUGUAUUUUCAUAUCUUUCAUCUCAAAGCCACCCGAGAAAUAUUUAUAUUUGAAGGGCACAUAUGAAUUCUUAAAAUAACUAAAUAAUGAACAAAUGCAUUCUUUCUUUAAAAUAAUUUUUAUUAAAUUUUCAGUUUUACAUCUUAAAAUAAACAUUAACAUACUGUUAGAUAUCCAGUGACUUCCCUCCUUUUUCCUUGGUUCAUUUUAGUUAUCUUUCAUUCUUGCAUAUUUUGCUAUAACCAUUUUAGCCAGUUCUCCACCUUUAUAUCACUCGAACAUUACUUACACUGUUGAUUUUACCUUAAGCUGCCAAGUGUUUUCAGCUGUGUACAGUUACAGUGGUACCUCAGGUUACCUACGCUUCAGGUUAUAGACUCCGCUAACCCAAAAAUAGUACCUCAGGUUAAGAACUUUGCUUCAGGAUGAGAACAGAAAUCGUGCUUCGUUGGCGUGGCAGCAGCAGGAGGCCCCAUUAGCUAAAGUGGUGCUUCAGGUUAAGAACAGUUUCAGGUUAAGAACGGACCUCUGGAACGAAUUAAGUACUUAACCCGAGAUACCACUGUAUUUUCCAUAUGCUCAGUAAAUAUUUUCCACUCUUCUUUGAAUAUAUGUUCUUAUUGCUCUCUUAUUCUAUAUGUUAAACCUGCAAGCUUUGCAUAUUCUACCAUCUUAAGUUGCCGGUCCUCUUUGCCUGGGACCUCCCUCACUUUCCAUUUUGAGGCUAACAAAACUCAGGUCGCCAUUGUUGCAUAAAUAAAUAAAUUUUGUUGAUGCUUAGGAUUUCAGUCUGGAUUAUUUCCAACAAAAAGGACUCAGGUCAUUUUGGGAAAGUUAUUUUAAACAUUUUUUUCAACUCAUUUCCCAAUAUUCUUUUACCUUUUUACAUGUCCACCACAUAUGAAAAAGAUGUUCCCUUCAUUUCUUUAUAUUUCCAAAACAUAUCUGAUUCUGCUUUAUACAUCUUAGCCAACUGUGGGUCAAAUACCAUCUGUAAAUUAUUUUUAUAUCAUUCUCUUUCAGUGAGUAAUAUGCAGUAAAUUUCAAAUCAUUCUUCCAAAGUUUCCCCCAGAGGUUUAAAUCUAUGUUGUGUCCUGUAUCUAUUGCCCAGUGUGUCAUUGAAGCUUUGACUAGCUUGUCUUUUGUUUCCCGUUCUAAUAAGAGGUUAUACAUCUUGGACAAUAACUUAUUCUUAUUCUGUAAUAAUUGUCUUUCAAAUUGUGACCUUUGGUCCAGGGACCCAUUUUUUAAAUCUAAUUUAAACAUAUCAUGUAACUGAUGAUACUGUAACCAGUCGGAAACUUGGCUACUUACAUCUUGCAUUGGUUUCAGUCUGGGUUCCCUCCCUGUAAGGUCCAACAGUUCUCUAUAGGUUGCCCACUGUCUAUCCAUAUUAACUCUUUUAAUUGUAAUUGCUUAAAUUGGGGAUAGUCAUAAAGGUGUUUUUCUUUCCAGCAAGUAUUUAUAUUUCUCCCAAACUCUAUACAAAUUUGUUGUUGUUGUUUAGUCAUGUCCGACUCUUCGUGACCCCAUAGACCAGAGCACGCCAGGCACUUCUGUCUUCCUCUGCCUCCUGCAGUUUGGUCAAACUCAUGCUGGUAGCUUCGAGAACACUGUCCAACCAUCUCGUCCUCUGACAUCCCCUUCUCCUUGUGCCCUCCAUCUUUCCCAACAUCAGGGUCUUUUCCAGGAAGUCUUCUCUUCUCAUGAGGUGGCCAAAGUAUUGGAGCCUCAGCUUCAGGAUCUGUCCUUCCAGUGAGCACUCAGGGCUGAUUUCCUUAAGAAUGGAUAGGUUUGAUCUUCUUGCAGUCCAUGGGACUCUCAAGAGUCUCCUCCAGCACCAUAAUUCAAAAGCAUCAAUACUUCCUAAUAAUGUGGUCUGUAAAACUCUUAUAAACUUUAGCUUUCCCAUACCAAAGGCAUGCCAGCCAAAUUUUAUAUGAUGGCCUUCCAAAUGUCUGCAUUUUCCAAUACGAUCCAUUCCUUUAGUCAAUGCAAGCAAGCUUCCCUGUAAUACAGUUGAAAGUCUGAGAGGACAAAGCCUCUUUCUUUUACGUCUAUCAGAAUGAAACUAACAAGCACCCCAGUCCUGGCCAUCCUACUUGUGUCUCUCUCGAUUGCACUUGAAUCUUGGUGCAUGGGGUGGAGAUGCACCUUGUGUAUGGUGCACGUGCUUAUAAAUACACAUGCACUGUAUCCUGCAAAUCCUCCUAUUUCCAAUGCUCCGGCUUAGAGGGUUAAUUUCUGAGUAGUCGCUAUGAUAAAUUACAGUAUUUUCCCUAGUGUGUCUUUAAGCUAAAGAACCGACACCCUUUUUGCUUUUAACUCGACACAGGACAGGCUAUUUUAGGGGGAAAUUAAUGCAGUGUUACCCACAGGGAAUAAAUGUGUAAGCGUUUGUGUGUGUGUAUGACAAUGAGGGCACUGCAAGACUCCAAGUACACAAGGAAUAAGACAGCCAUGUGGGUCAUUGGGGGAGGGAAUGGAAAAUGGAACAGAGGGAUCUUUUAUUUUUGUGUGACAAAUUCACUUAUCCUUUGUUUAGGUGGUGUGAUACUGAGCAUUCAGCCCUCUAAACUCCUCCAGCAAACCAUGGUAUUUCAUUCUUUAAUUAAAAAUAGAAACAUAAUCUCUUAUAUUUUGUUUGUAGGAAGAAUCUGUAUUUUUUAAAAGAAGAAUUGAAGCAUGUCUAUUUGCAGAUAAUUUGUCACUUACUUUGUGCAAUCUUUUAACCUGAGAGAAGAAAAGCUUUUAAAAUGUAGACGCUAUAUAGAUCUAAAGAGUACACUAUGUGGUGUUGCUUAAAGCUAGCAGGGAAAAGGAAAUCUGGUGGGUUUUUUGUUCUUGUUUUUUUGCAUGCUUGCAAGGUUGCUGUGAAUUAAGCCUAAUGCUUUUUCAAUUACAUUUCAAAAUAUAGAACAUAUUUACAGUGAGCAUCACUUAGAGUCAGGAAUGGCAGAUGGAAAGGGUACGUGAAUUGCUCUGGAUUAUCCCAGAGGCCAAUGCAAGAGAGAAUUCAUGCAGUGACCCCAGUCUGACUGAGAGGCUGUCCUAAAGAGGUGUGCUUUUAAUGGUGAUGGAAAUAGCACCAGGCCCUGCUUUGAGAUGCUGACCUGUAGCAAACUGGUCCCAGGUAAGGAGAAGCAGGACGUUCUUCAGGAUUUCCGAAGAGGCAGUAGCGUUAGUCUUCCACAGGAAAAGCAAGGGCCCAGUUCAGGCUAUCCCAUCUCACCUUAAUGAAUUGAUGUGUCCUCUUCCUUAGGUGCUUUGCCCUUGCAUUGCCUCUUCCCUCUUCCUUCUUAGCACACUCUGGUAAGCCAGGAAGCCUUCAAUGAACCAUUGUUUUCAGGACUGUCUUAAGCAUAUGCAGCGUCGGGGUGCAAAGAUCCGCCCGGCGCCCCCACCCCCAGUUUGCCCAGUCCUAGGUGUGCAGGAGGGCGGAGCCGGCCAGCAGCCUCAGCGUCUUGCUGGCUCAGUCGGCUCCGAAAUCGCGGUGCAGAGCCACCCGCAGAAGAGUCUGCUGCAGCACUCUGACCAACGGGCAGGCUCUUCCCUGGACUCAACUUUCAAGCCCUGGACUCUCGGCCUGGCGCCCCUGAGAGCCUGGCACCCGGGUGCCCCGCACCCCUGGUGCCUAUGUGUAAGAUGGCCCUGACUGUUUUUCCAGUUAUAUUUAAACAGGGAAACAAUGGUUAGUUACACAGCAUGGAUGUCCUUUUAAAAUGUGGCUCUUUUGGGGUGGGGAGUUGUUGGGUUGUUGUUUUUAUUUUGUAUACAGAGAGAGAGAGAGUGAGAGAGAGAGAGUAGUACCUCGGGUUACAGACGCUUCAGGUUACAGACGCUUCAGGUUACAGACUCUGCUAACCCAGAAAUACCACCCCGGGUUAAGAACUUUGCUUCAGGAUGAGAACAGAAAUCGUGCGGCGGCAGCGGGAGGCCCCAUUAGCUAAAGUGGUGCUUCAGGUUAAGAACAGACCUCCAGAACGAAUUAAGUUCUUAAUCCGAGGUACCACUACAGUCAUACCUCAUGUUGCGUCCGCUUCGUGUUGCAUCUUUUUGCGUUACAUCCCACGGCAACCCGGAAGUACUGGAAUGGGUUACUUCUGGGUUUUGCUGCUCACACCUGCGCAGAAGCGCUAAAUUGCGCUUCGCGCAUGUGCAGAAGCACCAAAUCAUGCUGCGCGCCUGUACAGACGCGCUUCGAGUUGCGGGCAUUUCACGUUACAGACAGGCCUCUGGAACGAAUCCCAUCCAUAACACAAGGUACCACAGUAUUGUGGUUUUUAUGUUGAUCUUUUCUGUGAACCACCCUGAGACCUCUGGUUAUAGGGCGGUAUAUAAAUCCAACAAAUAUUAUAACAAUAACAACAACAACAACAACAACAACAACAUGGAUCUGUUUUAAAUUUGGUAACCAUCAUUUCAGGGUUUUGACAUAAUGGGAAAUGAUGAUUAACCAAAACUUAUGGAGUUAAUUAUGAUUUCCCCAGAAAGGGAUAGACACAAACACACUGACAUCCAAACCAGGAGAAAUACUCUUUCACCGUAAUUAUUAUACAUACCGAAACUGGCAGAUCCUUCCAUCCCUAGGUGGGGGGAGAGGUUCUCUCUAUUUUGCAAUGAGUGGGCAUUUGCUGAACACACCCUCACCCUGCUAAGAUCUUCUGCUGAGCUACAAAAACAUCUCCAAUAAAGGCAUGUGACAUUUAUAGGAACAUGUAGCUGGGUGUGUCAAACUCUCUUAACGCCUCCCAAGAAAUGCUAAUUUUGUAGUCAAUCCUUAUCAGCCAUUCCUCAUCACCCAACAUAUUUAUCAGCCCCCAUUAAAUGGUGCAGAGAAAUAGAAGGAGCAUUUUGGCUUACUGGGAUCUUGUUUCACUAACUGACAUAGUUCCCUGCCCGCCCCUACCAACAGAAUAAAUUAUGCAGAGCAGAAUAAAUUUUGCAAGACAAAAUUAUGCAAAUGAGCUUAAUUUAUAGAGAUCUUAGGUUUUCUUAUGGUAUUGCUUUUGAGUUGCCUUGGCAUAGAUCUGUUUAUUUGUGCUGUUAUAUUUUUUACUUGCGGCGUAUGUGCAUUCUUGCUACAAGGGCAUCACAUUGAUACAGAAUUCUUUCAGAAACCUAAACUAAUGAGGAUGUGGGUGCUAAGAACCUAGGCAGUGGCCUGAGGGAACACGGAGUGAUGCUUUUUUGAAACCUACACACCUCAAGGAGCUAGUCUAUCACAUCUGUAAGCCACCCAUGAGGUAAGGUGAGGCUACUGCCUCAGGCAACAGGAUGCAGAGGCGCAGCAGAUCCAGCCUCCAAGGAAUGAAUCUCUCCACAGUGAAUACAACAAAUGUGGAGGCCAGACCUGCUGCCUCCUUGGCAUCCCCCACACAAUGCCACCUCCACAGCGGCUCCUUGGCAAAUAGGAGGUCUUGCUGGUCUCCUCCCAUCCUUGUUCCUGAUGUAGAGCUUCACUCACUCCUUUCCUGGUAUGGAGAUGUGCCAUUUUGUAGUUUGCCUCAGGUGCCAAAAUGUCUUGGGCCGGCCCUGCUGUAUGGCAGUGGAAGUUCCAGGAAGGCAUGGUCAGUUGAGAAUUGUAUCCAUUCCUGAUUAAAAAGUGGCAUUGGGAUUAUUUGUGCUGAUGAGUCAUAAUACAGUGGUACCUCAAGUUAAGUACUUAAUUUGUUCCGGAGGUCCGUACUUAACCUGAAACUGUUCUUAACCUGAAGCACCACUUUAGCUAAUGGGGCCUCCUGCUGCUUCUGCGCCACCGGAGCACAAUUUCUGUUCUCAUCCUGAAGCAAAGUUCUUAACCUGAAGCACUAUUUCUGGGUUAGCGGAGUCUGUAACCUGAAGCGUAUGUAACCUGAAGCAUAUGUAACCCAAGGUACCACUGUACAUUAAAAAACACACCAAACACCUGGAAACAGGUGGAUGGGAAAACUUAAAAACAUUAAAAUUGGGGGAUUUACAUUUAAAAUCUCUCUGGGUAAGGACGUUAACCAGCUUUAGUUGAUUCAGCAACUUUGUUUAAAAUCCCUCUUGGUAAGGAAGUUAACCAGCUUUAGUUGAUUCAGCAACUUUGUUCAAUGCUUCGAGAGGAAAGGUGUGGUAUAAGAAAAGGUUAUUCAUUUGUUUAUUUUUUUUUAAAUGAGAGUUUGACAGCAGCACUUAAUGAAUGAAGGACAAAAUGUUGCUCAGUCUCCAGCCUGCACCGCUAGAAAAACAGAGACCAAUAUUGACAGCAAAUCCUUGAAGUAAUUUGAUGAAAUUUCCCUCCCUGGUCCUACAGUUCCUAAGGAACCAUUACUUUUUGUUAGUUAGAUUGGUGGCUGUUCCGUCAGAUGGUUAGGAGAUGGUUUCCUGAAAGGUGGGAAUCUCUUCCUGUUUUUAAAUGAGAUGCUCUACAGAGCUUGGGGAAAGAUGCUCUCCCUUGUGAAAAGGAAGAGACAGGGUGGUGGUGGUGAGUGAGUGAAGAAACCAUAGUUUGUGAUGGAGAAGGAUGGGCAUAGUCAAGGGGUGGCAGAUGGGGGCAGCUUCCCCCCUGCCCCGGAUCCACAAAUAUUAUUGAAAAGCAUUGAAAGUACUCAAUUAUCUGAGAUUCUGCCCCCCGCCCUAGCAGAAGCCUGCCCCCUGCAAUGUCCUAUUUACGGGGUAUAUUUACCCAUGAUUUCCCAAGAAAAGCUCAACAGAUGCCAGCCUGGCCAGGACGGCUUUCCUUUUAUACCUUCUGGGCUUGAUGAGGCAGGUGACCCUCACCUGUCCUGAGCCUGCGCCAGAUGAGGAAUCACACACCUCUUCUCAGAGCUAGCAAGCCCUACUUGGGCUGUGGGUCCUUGCUUGCCUUCCCACAGAACUGACAGCUGUAAGUUCUGGAAUCCUGAGGUCAGAGAUGGUGGUGGCCUGGCCAGGACAGCGGCUCAACAAUCUUGGCUGCUCCCCCCCCAACAAAAAACCUGGCUAUGUCCAUGGAGGGAUGUACAUUGUUGUGAGAUUUUAGGAGAUCACUCUUCCCUUCCGAGAGCUACAGUUCUCGGCGUGGUUUAACAAUUCAUCCCUCAUCCCAGAGAUGUCUGGGAAUGGUAGCACUGUGAGGGGAAUAGAGGUCUCCUAACAUCUCUCAGCACCUUUAACAAACUAUAGUUCCCAUGAUUCUUUGGAGGAAGCCAUGACUGUGUAAAGGGGUAUUUUCUGGUAUAAAUGCAUGGUGCAGAUGGAGCCUCUGCCAGUCAGUGUAAACAACGCUGAGCGGGAUGGACCAAUGGUCUGACUUGCUGUAAAGCAGCUUCCCACGUUUCUAAUUUCUCUUGUGCUGUCUCUCUCUAUAAAAACCCACAUUUUAACGAAUGACACAGAGGUUAGUAACCAACAGGGCAUGACUUGCUGAACCUUUGAAUACAGGGGAAACAUGUCAGAAAGAAAUGCAAGGGUUGGAUCUUGCUCUUCUUUCCCCUCUUUCCUCCCCCACCCCACCCCACAUCCAGUGAUGCCAUUGCUAAUGACAGCUCCUCACACAGUGGCUUUUAUUAAACUCUGAUGCGGUGACUGAAUGCAGGGAUGAAUCACUCAUCUUGGGAUACAUUUUCAAUUCAGACAUGCAGUAUGCACUUGCCAAAGGGAGUGGGAAUACAGAAGCAGACGGCUUUGUUUGGCUUUUUUUCCUUGUUAUUGUUCUUUUUUAAAAAAACACAAAGCAUUGUUUCAUAUACAGUGGUACCUCUGGUUAAGAACUUAAUUCGUUCUGGAGGUCCGUUCUUAACUUGAAACUGUUCUUAACCUGAGGUACCACUUUAGCUAAUGGGGCCUCUCGCUGCCAUUGCGCCACCGCCACACAAUUUCUGUUCUCAUCCUGAGGUAAAGUUCUUAACCUGAGGUACUACUUCCAGGUUAGCGGAGUUUGUAACCUGAAGCGUUUGUAACCCGAGGUACCACUGUAGUGCAGUGGUGGGGAGACUCAAGCCCAUGGGCCCUCCAUGCAGCCUUCCAGACCCCUACAUUGGGCCCACAAGUCUGUAAACCCCAGUUGCUGUUGUGCUCGGAUCCUGUUUCUGGGCUUCCCACAGGCAUCUGGUUGGCUUCUGUGAGAGCAGGAUGUUGGACUGUAUGGGCCAUUGUUGGCCUGAUGUAGCAGGACUCUUAUUGCAUUCUGUAAAGCUCUUCCAUCUUUGACAACUCCACUAACAGCAGCUGAUGGUGUCUGUGUUACUCAGAACAUACAUCCACAGAACGGUAUCCCAAAACCCCCUGACGCUGUCUGCGCAUCCAUGGGAAGCCAGAGCACAAUCGGCACAAAAGCUGAAUAACACUUUCCGCCCUGUUUGUUUUGCAGAGCAAUUCAAAGCAUGGCCUUGUGGCAUUAAAUGCAAAAGACCAACUUCGGAAGUAGGGCUUUUGCUUCCUUUUUUGGGCCAGUGACACAUGGAAGAAGAAGAAAGGGGAGUGGGGGGGGAACCCCUAGGAAAGUUACGUAAGUCCCAAGACAGGAAAUGCUUAUGGUAUAUUCGACUACAGCCUUUCAUCAAUAUUUAACAAGAUUUCUCUCCUUCUACCCGCAUUAUUUCUUUUCAAGCGCUCUGCUUAUUUCGGAGCCUGGUGGGAGCUGUUGCGCCAGAUCUGAGGGCAGCUCUCAUCUAAUGUUUUGAGUUAUGUAGCUCAUGUAGCUCUGGAGCUUAACUCAUUACCGGUUUUGAGGUCCAACAGCAAGUUAUCUCUCCCACAUCCACGAGGGCCUUUGUAAAGGGAACUGCUGUCAGAAGGAGCUGCUCAGGGGACGUUAAGGACAGCGCUGCAGGAUCAGACCCAAGGCAUCCUGUUUCCCCACAAUGGUCAAUCACAUGUUUCUGACAGGGUACAGAAUACUGCAGCCAGGCUACUGCCUGGGGUCAGUUAAAUGUAGGGAGCAUAUUACUCCCCUGUCAAAACAAUUUCACUGGUGACUGAUCUGUUUCCAGGCACAAUUCAACGUAUUGAUCAUGAACUAUAAAGCCCUAUGUGGCUUGGGCCUGGGUUACCUGGAAGAUUGUAUCUCCCUUUAUGAACUUGCCCGGGUGCUAAGAUCCUCAGGUGAGCACCUUCUCCAGGCCCCAUCAACAUCAGAGGCACAGUUGCUGGCGACCUGCGAGAGAGCCUUUUCUGUGGCUGCUCCCAUGUUGUGGGACUCCCUCCCAAGGGCGGUUAAAUUUUGUCCCUCCUUGAUAUCUUUCUCUCAACAGGCAGAGACCUUCCUAUUCAGACAGGCCUUUGGGCAGUGUUUUCAUGCUAGUUAUAAAUGUGUUUUAUUGUAUUUUAACUAUUGUUUUCAACUGGUUUGUUAGAAUUAUUUUGUAUUUCAGAGCUAUGUUUUUGAAGUUUUGAAAGCCACAUUGAAUCCCAACUUGGGAGACAGGCGGGAUAUAGAUACAUUAAACAAAUAAGUGCUACCCCUCUCCCGUGGUCUCUCCCUCCCCCCAUUGCAAUUGGUAGUCAGAGGAAUUAUCUAGGACAGGAAUGGGGAACCUCAGGCCCAGAUGUCAAAUGUGGCCCUCCAGGCCCUGGCACUCAGAAUUGUCCCCAAAGUCACACCCUCUCUUUUCAGGCUACACCCCUUGCCUGCCCUGCCUUGAGUGUUUUUGCCAAGCUGAAAUGUGUCCUUGAACCCUUAUCAUUCCUCUUACUUGUCCAGAGGGAGAACAGAGCACAGGUAAAGUUCUCAGGUACAACAGGUCCCUGCUGCAAAAGUCCUGCCCCAACACAUGGACUCCUGCCACUGCCAGACAGUGUGGAUAGUACUGACCUACAGUUACCCAAUGGCCUGACUUGGAAUAACUUGGCAAAUUCCUGUGUUCUGAUUACAUGUUUCCCCCUCCCCUCUUUUUUAACAACAACACAGAGCUAUGAACGACAUUGGAGAUUACAUCGGGUCAAACAUAGAAAUCUCUUGGUUGCCCAAUUUGGACGACCUGAUGAAAGGGUAUGCAAGAAAUUUCAGGCCUGGAAUUGGAGGUAAGAUUCUGGCUGAUGUCGUUAAAACCACCCUGGGAAUUGUAGCUCCAUGAGGAAAAUAGGGCUCUCCCAGAAACAUUCAGCACCCUUAACAAACUACACUUCCCAUGUUUCUUUGGAGGAAGUUGUUGACUGUUUAAAGUUGUAUUUUACUUCUUAAGAUGUACAGUGCAGAUGGGGCCUAAGCUGGAUAUGGCUCAAUUUUUUAAAAAAAAACAAACAAACCAUGAAACAAUUUGCAUUGCAGCAAGGAAGCAUAUAUCUGUGGUUACAGGGCAAAUUUCAACAGAAUAUUACCACAGGCUCCUGAUUUGGAUUGGUGGAUAUGCCAUGGAUCAGGACCGCACAGUCUUUUCUCCACAUGUUUAAACGUGUGUCUGAUGUAUAGCGACAAUGACAACACAACAAGUGUUAACACUUGGGUUAACUUUUGAAACCACAUGUGAGGCUGUGGAGGUGAAAACUAAGUAGCUAGUACUGUAUAGUUCUGGGCCUGUAUAGGAUAGUUGUGGAGGGUUUUACAGCUGCCAAAUGACAUACCAACCUGAAAAGUGAGUAUUAACAGUUUAAGCUUUUUCAGAAAGUCCUGGAACCGUGGCUUUAAAAAAUUGCCAUUAUCCGAUCAAAUUACAAAGUUGGAGGAGGUAAGGGCACCAGCUGGGAUGUGCCCAAGUAUAGGUGAAGGAGAGGGGGUUAUUGCUUUGUUUUGUUCUUGUUUUUAUUUGUUCCUGUUUUUAUUAUGUAUUUUGUGUUGGUUAUCUUGUAUUUUUAUGCUGUGAACCACCCUAAAAUCUACGGAUGAAGAGCAGUCUACAAAUUUAAUGAAGAAGAAUAAUCAUGCGUAGUUUGGCCCUUAGGCUUUGUUAAUGGCACGAAAGCCCCCAUUUGGACACCAUCAGGUGGCAGGUGGAGAAGCAGUCACUAUUCCCUCAGUUUCACUGACAGGGGUUCUACUUGCAAAUUGUGUAACUCCUGUUUUAAAAGCUGCACGGGUUACCAGUUUGUUGCUGGGCCUGAUUCAAAGUACGGACCCCUGGAAGAUUUAGGUAGGCCUCAAAUAUAUGAAAGACUGCCUCUUCACCAAUCUCCCGGGAUGUUAAGCAUUGGCAGUUUGCCCUUUCUUGGUAGUUUCACUACCCUCAGAAAAGCGGGGCAUUGGUGGCCCGGGACGGAAGGGGCCUUCUCUGUGGUAGCCUCUAAAUUGUGAAAUUGCCUCCCCGUAGACAUGUCUUCAUUAUAUCUUCACUGAGCCUCUUCAUUGUACAGUACACAUCACUUUAUCCUGGCCUGUGGCUUCUUGCAGUUAACGUGCUUUGCUUUGUGGGACCCACCUCUUUUGCUGAAUGUAAACUUUUGUGUACUGUUUUGAAAGGUUUCCCUUGCUUUAUAAUAGUGAUGGGUUUUUUCCUUUUUAAAGACUAAGCUAAUAUUCUAUUGUUGUAACCUGCCCUGGGACCUUAUGGUGAAAUGGGGAGUAAGAAAUCUCAUAAAUAAAAUUAAAUAACCCCCUCUUUUUUUCUUUCCCCUAAUUCAGGCCCCCCUGUUAACGUUGCUCUAGCCAUUGAAGUUGCCAGCAUUGACCACAUAUCAGAAGUCAAUAUGGUAAGUUGGCGCUUGAAGAAAAAUAACGCUGCCGUGUCAUAACAUCCAACAUUUUUCGGGGGUGGGGGUGGGUGGGGAAUAAAGAUAUAUGUUUCUCCAGAUUAUGGAAUUGUGGGAAAUUUUAAUGGCAGCCAGGGUGGUGAUUCUUGUCCUCAGGAAUACACAAUGACAGUCUUCCUGCAUCAAAGCUGGCGCGAUGACCGGCUGUCGUACAAUCACACCAACGAAACCCUGGGCUUGGACAGUCGCUUUGUGGAUAAGCUGUGGCUGCCAGAUACCUUCAUCGUCAAUGCCAAGUCUGCCUGGUUCCAUGACGUCACUGUGGAGAACAAGCUCAUCCGGUUGCAGCCUGAUGGGGUCAUUCUGUACAGCAUCAGGUAAAACAGAAACUUCAUGAGGAAGAGUGACCUUUUGUGCUGGGUAAUUAGAUGGCAACCUUUGCUGGGUUUUAGGUGGUUUCCCAAGUGCUGCAUAUAGUUCAGGCAACAUGUGUUUGUGGGUAGGGACCUGUUGGCCUUUGAUCAGCCUUGUGCGGUUCCGCUAAUCAGAUUCAGAGGGAUCUAUAGUUCAUGCUGAUGUUUACUUGCACUUGUAUAGUCUGGUGAGGCUCUUGAGAAGCAGAAGGUCACCAACUCACCAGUCACCAUUAGUGCUGUCUGCCCCACCAACUUUGUUGGAGGGGCUACUCAGUGUUGGGUUCAUAUAAGCAAAUGUGGCGGACCUGCAGUAGGGGAGCCGCAUUCUGAGGGGAAUUAUUCAAAGAUAUUAGGGAGAUAACCGGACAAAACACAGUAAAAAGCCUGGAGUUCGCAUUACAUAAAAUUUACCUAUGACAUAAUAUGAACCUGCAUUUUAAGCACAUUUUUAAAGUUUUAACUGGCCAGGUAGGGUGGGAUGGGGUUAUUUAAGCAUCUUAUGUUUUAAUUGUUGCAACCUGACCUGCAACCUUAGGCUGAAGAGCGAGUAAUAAAUUGUAGUAGUCAAAUCAUCAUCACCAUCCAGCUUUUAGCAGCAGCCAGGCUAGUAAUAACUAGAUACUGGAAAUUAUUAGAAGGUGCAACAUUGACCACAAGGUAUUUUUAAAAAGCCUGGCAAAUUAGCGCAGACAGAAAAAUUAGCCACUAAACUAAAAAUAGCAAGGAGAAUGAAAUGAAAAGGCACAUUUUGGGUGGAUUGACAUGCUUUUAUUAUGUGCAGUGCAGAAGAGGAGAACGCGGGACCUUCUCCACUUUAUAAAGUUUUGUUUGCUAUCAUUGCAGGCAGUAAGAGAAAUUGCCACCCUACCGGAAAUAUGACAAUUUAAGGGAUGCAUGCUCUGAUGUAAUCCAAACUCAUGUCUUCAAAAAUGGUGGGAGGGUGGGUUUUUGUUUUAACACUGCUUCUUGUUGUUUUGUAGUAUAAAAAAGUAAUAAUAAUAAUAAUAUUUUCUAAUGGCAAAUGUUAGCCUAUAUGUAAUGGUGGUGUUUGUUGCUGUCUUCAUUUUGGAUAGAAUCACCUCAACGGUGGCCUGUGACAUGGAUCUUACCAAGUACCCUAUGGAUGAGCAGGAGUGCAUGCUUGACUUGGAGAGCUGUGAGUUCAAUUCUGAGGUGUCUAUUUUAAAAAGGUCUUCUCAAAUGGGAGGGCAGGGAGUGGAGGAGAUAAUUUCCUUCACACAGGGUAGCCUUGGCCCAGAGUGCAAACCCCUUAAUUAUUGGAGCUGGAGCAGGGAAACCGCAGCUCUCCCAGCUCCCAUAAUCCCUGACCAUUGGCCAUGCUGUCUGGUGUUGAUGGGAGUUGGAGUCCAACGGCAUCUAGAGCAUGCAAGGAUAACCUUUGGCGCUCCGGCUGUGGCUGGAAUACAGCUCCCAACAUCCCUGACAUUUGCAGAAAUGUUCAUAUUAGGAAAGAUUCACCCUGAAAUGCUGCAAAAUUUUCAUGGACUUGUUUUUUGUUUUAUCCCAAACUAACGUGGAAAUGUGGAUAACUGAACUUAAAGAGAGGGAAAAGAAGAAACCGAAAUUAACAGAUUUGGCCCUACCUGCAGUUUAUUUGAACGUUUUUAGUGGGCUUCCUGUAACUCAAGGCAGCUUACAGCAAAUGUCCACGUUGCAACUCUGUCUAAAUGUGGUUUCGUCAUAGCACCACAAAGCUUCUGAAAUCUGGCUGGUGGUGGGAUGGCAGGUUAAAUGGUGCUAUGCAUGGCCUGAUGGCACCAUGGAAACGCUAUUGCAACAGUUUAAUGCCAGGAUGACCUGGAUGCUAUUUCUCUAGGCCUGAAUAGCCGUGCAAAGCUGUGCACUGGGACUAGAAAGCAUUAGAGCGGAUUGAUCGCUGGUGCAAGUUUUCUUCUUCUCCUCCUCCUCCUCCUCCUCCUCCUCCUCCUUCUCAUUUCAUUUUUAGCACUGACUGUUUUCUGAGCAAUUAAGCACAAUACAUUUUUAUCCCACCAAAUAUAGCAAUCUGCAGUUCUUUUCACUUAUGCAAUCAGUAAAUGCAGAGGCAGCCAGAGAAUGAGGCGGCAAAAUUUUAGUCUGCUGGCGAGUUUUUACAGAGGGCUCGGAUUUUAAUUUAAUUUUGCAGAUUGUGUUUAUAGAGCAAUAAUCACAAGGAGAAAUGAAGCCUCUUAAAACAGAUUAAAAAAAAGAAAGUUGGUUCUCCAUGGGAGUGGGGGCAGUUGAAAGACAAGCGAGGAGUUUUGUUUUGUGGGGAGGGGAAUGUUGAUGUAGAAAAUGGACAGGUGAGCAGCACUUGAAGAGUAGCAAUUUUGCACAAGUGAAGAGAAGCUGUGCAAUUUUAUUUCUUAAUAAAAUGACUUGCCUUUUCCUGUGAAUGUUGUGUGACUGAUCAUGAGGUGGGGAAGAGGUGGGUGAAUCUGCCAAUAUCAGUUUCUUCUUAAUCAGAGAAUUGUAGAGCUGGAAGAGACCCCAAGGGUAAUCUAGUAGAAACCCUGUGAUACAGGGAUCACAGAAAAAGAAUCCCUGACAGAUGGCCAUCCAAUCUCUGCUUUAAAUCCUCCAGUGAAGGAGAGCCCACCACUUUCCAAGGAAGUCCGUUCCACUGUCAACCAGCUCUUACUGUCAGAAGGUUCUUCCUAAUGUUUAGUCAGAUUCUCCUUGCUUGUAAUUUGAAUCCACCGGUUCGAGUCCUACCCUCUGGAGCAGCAGAAAACAAGCUGGCUGCACCUUCCACGCGACAGCCCUUCAGAUAUUUGAAGAUGGCUAUCAUAUCUCCUGUCAGUCUUCUCUUCUCCAGACUAAACAUACCUAACUCCCGCAACUCUUCUCUAUAUGGCUUGGUUUCCAGAUCCUUUAUCAUCUUAGGGCUCAUCCACACUUCCUCUUGUCCCACUGCUUUCCCUGGGGACGACCGCUCUUUAGCACUCAGUUGGAGCAAAUGGCAAUCUGGUUUUCUGCAGAUUGCAGUUCUGAUCUAGAGCUAAAGAGUGGGUUUUGCCUGGUAAAGGAGUGUGACAAGGGGGAAACAGCUCAGACCCAUGCCUAGAAAGUCCGGGUCAACCGGACCCAUGCUUUCUGGGUGCAGGAGAAGCAGUAGUGUGGACGGGCCCUUAGUCAUCGUCCCCUGCAUACAUUCCAGUUGGCUAAUAUCCUUCUGUCUUUCCAAUCCUCUCUGCAUUAGCUUGUGGUUCUCUAAGUAAAAAAAAAAAAGUCACCGUGAAAAUUCAUCAUGCAUUUUUGUGUGAAUUUCUUUUAAUGCACACAUUUUAAUGCAGUUUUGCCUAAGGAACAUUUUUUACACAGCAACAUCCCCUCGUAUCAUGCAUUUCUGUAUGUUGUUUUCAUUAAAAUCUGCACUGCAGAAUCUGGAGAAGCCCAAUCAGUGUAGGCAAUGCUGAGCUAGAUGGACCAGUUGCCUGAUUUGGUGCUUCCUAUCUUCCUAAAAGAUAGGGACGCGGGUGGCGCUGUGGGUUAAACUACUGUGCUGCUUGGGCUUGCCGAUUGGAAGGUCGGCGGUUCGAAUCCCCGCGACGGGGUGAGCUCCCGUUGCUCGGUCCCUGCUCCUGCCAACCUAGCAGUUCGAAAGCACGGCAAAGUGCAAGUAGAUAAAUAGGUAUCGCUCUGGCGGGAAGGUAAACGGCAUUUCUGUGCGCUGCUCUGGUUCGCCAGAAGUGGCUUAGUCACGCUGGCCACAUGACCCGGAAGCUGUACGCCGGCUCCCUCGGCCAAUAAAGCGAGAUGAGCACAGCCAACCCCAGAGUCGGCCACAACUGGACCUAAUGGUCAGGGGUCCCCUUUACCUUUACUAUCUUCCUAAAAGGGGUGGGUGCUGGGAAGAGAAGCACGAGAACACCUUGCUUGUUUCCAGGUCGUUUGGUUCUGAUACACUGAACUGGGUUCAUUAGGUUUGAAGUGGGCCAGAAAGCAUUAACCAGUGGGACCAGUAAGAGAACUGUGGCCAUGGAUUCUGAGUGUUUCAUCCUGAGCAUGUCAAUCUUCUUAUCUUUCCCCAUAUCCCUGUAUUUAUUCAGUUUCUUUUGACAGAUGGCUACUCCUCAGAGGAUAUCGUCUACCACUGGUCUGAAAACCAGGAUCAGAUCCAUGGACUGGAUAAGCUGCAGCUUGCUCAGUUCACCAUCACCAAUUACCGGUUUGCUACAGAAGUGAUGAACUUCAAAUCUGGUAAACAAAGCUUCCAGUCCUUUUAAAAGCCUUGCAGGGAUGGGACUGGGUAACAUCCAACUAGGUUUUGCCCAGAGUUAGGGAAGGAAGGAUCUCUUGAUAUUGUGAUCUUUCCAAACUUAAAUUUAGUACUCCACAUUUUUGAGCAAUUUGAGAUUUAAAAAGAAAAAUCUUCAUGAUAAUUCAUCAGCAUUCUAAUGAUGUGCACAUUUUUGUGUGUAGUUUUGACAAACAUGCGCAUUCACAUGUAAUAUACACAAUAUACACAUUUGCAUGCAAUUUCCACUACCAUAAUAUUAAAUUAAUCAUAUGCAUUUUAGUUGAUUAAUUGAUCUUUGCAAGUUAAAUCUACAUAUAUUUUCCCCCUUACAAAUAAAACCUGGUUUGGACCAGAACUGUGGAGAGACCCAGGGUUCAACUCCCUACUCAGCAAGGUCUCCCACAUCUGGGGUGAGCUCCUUUGAAUAAUAUAAAUGUGGUGGCAGGGGAGGGACAGACACAUUUUAAAAUCAAUUAACUGCAUUAUUAUUUAUACAGCGCCAUUAGGAAUGAAUGGAUAAGUCUAUUUUGGUUCAGCGUCAGUUCUGCACUUGUUCAUCCAUAAGACUGCAUCAUUCUGCUAUCCCCCCCAAUGAAAAUGGAUUUCACAUGAAAAUGUGCAUUUUUACAUACCCCCCAAAAAAGGGUUGUAUCCAAAUGUUAGUCCUACUCAGAGCUAGCCUACCUCACAGGGUUGUUGUGAGGAUAAAACUGAGCUAAUUGGGGGAGAGAACCAUGCAAGCCACUUUGAGCUCCUUGGAAGAAACGUAAGAUGUAAAUAAAUACAUUUGCCCCUUUGUCUCCUUUAUCUAGCUGGUCAAUUCCCCCGGCUGAGCCUCCACUUCCACUUGAGGAGAAAUCGAGGUGUUUACAUCAUCCAGUCCUAUGUGCCUUCCAUCCUCUUGGUCGCCAUGUCAUGGGUUUCUUUCUGGAUCAGUCAGUCAGCCGUGCCUGCCCGAGUCUCACUAGGUAAAAGUGUAUUGUUGAUGGCUGGGGACCUAUUGUAGGGUGUUAAAGCCCACAGAAGUGGGAUGAGCAUUUUGUGGGAUGGGCUUUAAUGGGGUAGGUGAGGCUAUAUUAAUUGGAAUUUAUGCCUCCAGGCGCCCAUAUGUGUGGGUUGAACAGUUUCAAAAUCCCAUCAUUGGCAGCCAAAUUAAAAGCAUAGGAAUUAGGCUAUAAAACCUUGUUUUUGAACAAGUCUAGCUAUGAAGUAAGCUUGUUCUCCCUUUCUCACCCCAUUUAAAAAAGAAUCAGGCAACAACUUGUAAAGUAAGUUUUUAAAAAAGAUGUACCGUACUUACUUUAUAAUCAUGCAUUGGUUCACAACAACAGUAGCAGUAAAAACUAUGCAGGCAAAAUACUUAUAUUUACAGUAUAACCAGCUUCAGGCAUGUGGCUAAAGUUGGAGCAAGCACAGGGCACAUCUGCCCUCAUGGCUGGUCACAGAAAGAGAAAGGAUCAGGAAGUACUAUAUGAACUUUCCUCUUUAGGUGAGGAGGGGGAAAUGACAUCACACAGAGCCCUCUCUACCAAUUGUAUUUCUAUGGCCUGAGUAUCUAUCUAUCAGCAAUACAGCUCUGUUGUAUUAGCCCCUUCUCAUGCUAACUAGCAAGAAUAUGCAUUUGUUAGGUUUGGUUGUUAAUCUCCCACACAUUUGCCUUUCCUUCUUGGUGUUUCUUCCCCCACCACUAGUCGAGCAUAAUGUCUGACAUGAAGCUGCUGCAUUGGGUGCCUGUUCACUUUUGAGCCAAAUGCAGCCCUCUAGCCCUCCAGGGUAUGGUCCUGACUCUCUCUACUCUCCCCUGGACUCUCCCAAUGCCAAAUGCCUCACCAGCCUUGCUUUGCACCACCCUUUGGUGCUUUUUACCUGGCUGGAAUGUGAACUCUGAUAAUGCUUAUCCUGUAUGAGGCAUAGAGUGGUUUAUGUGAGUGAGUAUAAAAUCUGGCCUACUGUGCAAAGGUGAAAUGUGCAUUCUUUGCUCCAUCCACUUUUGCCACUGGCAUAUGGCCCUUGGGAGGUUGCCCAGAUGGGAAUGUGGCCCUCAGACUGAAAAAAAGCUAUUCCCAGCCUUGGACUAAACAGAAUUAAACUCUAGCUGGGACAUCCUCCCCCACACCUUGUUUCUUUCAGGUAUAACUACAGUCCUCACCAUGACCACCCUAAUGGUGAGUGCUCGGUCUUCACUCCCACGGGCUUCAGCCAUCAAGGCCUUGGAUGUGUACUUCUGGAUCUGCUACGUGUUUGUCUUUGCCGCACUGGUGGAAUAUGCAUUUGCUCACUUCAAUGCAGACUACAUGAAGAAGCAAAAAGACAAGAUCAAGACCAGCAGGCAGGCAGAAGAGGUCAGUAAGAGCCUCUGGUGGGUUCAGACUCUGAUCCACCCAUUCGGUAAAACUGGGCUGAAAUGUGUGGUCCAGCAUUCUCCAGCCAUGCAGGCUGAUCAUAUAAACCUAUCUGCCAUGGUUGGACACAGAGGAAUGGUAGCAGGAACCAGUGGGGGAAUCUCCAUGGGAAGAAGGCUCAGAGCAAGGGGAUUGGUGGUGGGAUGGCAAUGUGUGGUCUGAGAGAGAAGAGGAAGAAACUGGGAGGAGAGGUCUGUAGCUGCAGCAGUAACAGGGCUUAGUGAGAGGGGGGAGUCUGGGGCAGAGAGCAGUCCAGAAUCAGAGCUAGAAGCUGCAGCAGGAGAGUGGGAUGAGGGAGGCCAAAAGGCACUCCUUUGCAGAUCCUGUUUUUGUUUUCCAAUAAAGAGUUAACUUUUAUGGGAGCGGGUGGCGCUGUGGGUUAAACCACAGAGCCUAGGACUUGCCGAUCAGAAGGUCGGCUGUUUGAAUCCCCAUGACGGGGUGAGCUCACAUUGCUCAGUCCCUGCUCCUGCCAACCUAGCAGUUCGAAAGCAUGGCAAAGUGCAAGUAGAUAAAUAGGUACCUCUCCGGCGGGAAGGUAAACGGCGUUUCCAUGCGCUGCUCUGGUUCGCCAGAAGCGGCUUAGUCAUGCUGGCCACAUGACCUGGAAGCUGUACGCCGGCUCCCUCAGCCAAUAAAGCGAGAUGAGCGUCACAACCCCAGAGUCGGCCACGACUGGACCUAAUGGUCAGGGGUCCCUUUACCUUUACCUUUACAAGGCAGGUGUCAGCAACAAGCCCUGGCAGUUCUCCAAGGAUGCCAGGAGCUGAUGCCAGCCCCACAUGCUUACUUGGAGAAAGUCCCACAGAUAUCAGUAUGACCACCUACUUCAAGUAUGGGGAACUUGUUCCCCUCCAGAAGUUGCUGGGCUCCAAUUCCUAUCACCAUCAGUAAUAUCAGUAAUUGGUGAUGAUGGGAGUUGCAAUCCAGCAACGUCUGGUGGGCCACAGGUAAGUCACCAGUGAUAACCAAUAUGGUGCUCUCCAGAUGUUGCUGGACUACAGUGCCCAUCAGCCUCAGACAACAAGGCCUAUAGGGAGGGAUGGCAACAUCUGGUGGGCCACAGGUUCCCCAUCCCCUGGCCUACAGACAUGCUGAUCAUCUUCUGCUUCUCAUUUCAGGUCAAUGUGAAGAACGCCAUUGUUAUGUUUUCCCUCUCGAUAGCGGGCGUCAACCAGGAACUUGCUGUUUCCAACAGGCACCACAGAGUCCCUAAAAACUUGCCUGGGUCAGUGGAAGCGGAAGCGGGAGAGACCAAGAAGCAACAGGAGACUAAACCCGAGAAAAAAAACGGCCUGAAGUCUCUCUUCAAGCCCAUCGAUGCAGAUACCAUCGACAUAUAUGCUAGGGCAGUUUUCCCAGCAGCCUUUGCAGCAGUCAAUGUCAUCUACUGGGUGGCUUACACAAUGUGAGGGUCACAAAAUGGAGGCAGGCUGGGCAACAGGCAACUGAGAUCCUCUGAGCCAAAGCAGAGCUUCUUAAUGGAAGGGCCUUACUCAGGGCCAACUUUCUAACCACAGCACUUCCAAAGCCAGAUGGAUAUUCCGUUAAUAGAGAGGAUUGUUCUUCUCCCUUCCUCUGUCGCUGAGACAGCAAAGCAGUUGGCCACCACCCCUUUUUAUUGGCUUGUUUACCCCUCUUUAGUCUCCACAGAGCGAGUCAGAUGCCACAGUCUUCCCCAGUUUGGCAUGAAACUCCUGCCAAGGCUCCACAGCUGCCUAAUCCUGUGCAACAAUAAGGCGUUUCACUUCUUCAUCCGUCGUGUCAUCUUCCAGUUUCAAGAAGGAUAAGUCCUGGAUUGGGGCCUGAAAAAAAAAUAGCACCUGGUGCACCAGCGUCUGAUCCAAACUAAUCUGGCGUGUGUCACCGUGGAAUAAUUGCUUUGCCGGGUGUUUGUGGGGAGAGAUGCUUAAAAGUCGAGCAAAAAUGCAAGGGUGGAGCUCUGCAUGGUCUGGAUUUUAACCGGCUUUUAAGGACCCAAUAGAAAACCUUUUUAUUUGUGAUUGGACUAUUAAAAGGCUAGCUGGCUGGCAGUCCAUUUCUUCGCAGUUCUGAGAACUUUUCUUUCUUCAAUCUGCACCUGUUUUAAACACACACACACACACACCCUACUUGACUGCACAGUUUGUGUCAUAGCUCUGUAUGGACAUGAUGGUUUAGCUGUGAUUCCUGCAGUGCAGGGGGUUGGACUAGAUGACCCUUGGGUCCCUUCCAACUCUACAAUUAUUUGAUACUAUGAUAUCUGUAGCUGGGCAUUUUGAUGGGGAUGUGUGUAGGGUGGGGUGGGGGAGAGACUGACACACACACACACACACACACACACACACAUGCAUAUACACAUAUUCCUUGAAGUUUCUUUAAUGGUUUUAAAAUUUAGGCAACAAAGGGUAAUACUGGGUUUUGGGAUUCUGGUUUUUUUUUAAACUGUAUCAUUUGUCUUGGAUAAAGUAUUUAAAACACUUUUUUUAUCCUCUUCUAACCACAGCAUGAAAUAAAGCCUAUGACACAGAGCUCGGCUGGAAUUGUUUUAUCAUGGAUACUUCAUAGCUGGAUUAUGGGGAAUAAAGAUCCAAUGGAAAGGGAGCAAGAUUCACUGCUGAGAACUAGGGCUUGCGAAAUUACAGAGCGAGAUAGAGAGAAAGAUUUGUGUUUUUUAUCUGUACACCAUAAACACAGACAUGUAUGCAGCUCUGGAGAAUCACUGGGUGGAUCCAGACCGCCUGUUUAUUGGGUGUUCAUCCUGAUUUGCUUGUAGGGAAAUUAGACAACAUUGGAUAUGUCAUGAACAUUCAUCCUGAUUGGUAGAUUAGGGAAAAUUGCAGAGAAGAAUUAUUGGGAAA